AUGCCUCUGGACAGCGACAACGACAAUGCUUGGUCUCUGCGCUGCGUGCGCGGCGUGGCUACGAGAUGCCAGCGCUGCGAAAGUCGUCAUUACUCCUGCGAAGAGGUUUCCGCGCUUCGUAUGGGUAACGUGCGCGCUGCUCUGCGCUCGAUCGCUGGGGUGGUUGACCUCUCGCUGGGACCCGACGAAGAGACGUCUUGGGCUCUACUGCUUAUCGCGGGGGAGUUUAUGCAUCGGCUGGUGGUCUUGGUUCGCGGCCACAAGCGUGCCUAUGGGCUGACUACUGGCCCCAAUGCGACGUUGCGGGACCCCGUGCCUGUCUGUCGCGGCUAA